CGUCCAUCACGUUUUAAAACACCCAGAAGGCAGAAAGAGACAGAAAGGAACGACGAAGAAGCAGCAGCCGAAACCAAGCGACGCAACCAAAGCAAUUUCCGACGAAUCCGAGCAAUUUCCGGUGAAUUUCCACCCUCUUGCAACCAUAUUCCGGUGGCACGGAGUUACUGAAAUUGGAAAUGCUCCCCGACAUUCAGUCGCUCAUUAUCGUGAUAAGUUAUCACUGAUCCGUCCUGGCCAGUUUCUGUGGACACCCUAUGCAGACUGUAUCCUCCCUGAGUACUGCAUUGAUUCGACUGCAUCCUACUUGUGCGAUACUUAUUUGGUGUGCUGGUCAUUUGUCGAGGCACACGAGGCUGGACGCGUUUCCCGACAAUUUAACCGCUACCAGCGUAUUCCUCAGUACUGUGAUAGGAUGCUACAUAGCUCCGGCCAUUUGAGUAAAAGUCAUCGUCGUGGGAGGAAGGGCGCUGAUUGGGCUAAGGUACAUAAGUUCUUCAUUGAUGAAUGGGACUUGCGCCACGACAGGUUCCAAGCAACUUUUGACCACGCAACGGCGACAAUGGAUGGUCGCAUUAAUCCGGGCUAUAUGGCGUGGUACAAUAGGAUCACCGUGUCGUACCUAGUUCAACCUGGGACACAGUCAACUGAAGGGAUGAACGAGGCAGCCUCUUCUAAUUUAUUGGCGGUUGAGACCCUUCAGGGGAUAUGGCAUUUGACCUCUGAGCAUGACACAGACCCUCGGUUACGGCAGAUUCGAGAAAUGGCUGCUUCGGCACUUCGUGCGAUGAACCAUGCUGAUGCGAUGGAGUAUCCAUCUUCUCAACGGCAAAAUGUGGUCGUGCCGCCACGCCCACCAACUUCUCUUCGUCAUGGACUGCCGGGUGUCCGGACGGGUGGGCACGGGAUUACACGACAGCAUAGGUUGGCGCAGCAGCAGCAACCGCAACCUGAGUAUGCGGUACUAGAGCCCUUGAGUCCGGAGUACGAUCCCCCAGGAUGGUCUCAGUUGAGUGGUGCAAGCAUUGAGCCCUCGCAAUGGGGAGCACGCGCGUCAUGUGAUUCAUUCUUUGGCGGUGUGUCUGAUUGGGAUGCAUCUCAACAAGGACGUGAUACGUACUUUCAGAAUUAUCAAUUUAUGGAUCCUGUGGGGGAAGAAGAGGGUCAGGAAGAAGAGGGUCCGGAAGAAGAGGGCGGGGAGGAAGUUGACGAAGUAAUAUUCCGACCACCGACCGCGGGAUCCUCACGAUCAUCAAGUACGAUUGGCCGGGCUAUGCAGAAUGUAUUCAGGGGCUUUUCAACAAGGAAGAACAAAGGGAAGGCUCCGACAAAGUUCACGCCUCCAUCUAGGUAGAUUUCGGUCAUAUGUUGGUAUUUGUGUCUAUUGAAACAGGUUGUGGUCGUAAGUUGAUUUUUGAACAUUUUUUAUGUGAUGAAAAAUAGGAUAAAGCUCCAUGUUUUCUAUGGUGGAAUGAACAAUAUUAUGAUUUUGAUAAA